GCUGAGCAUAAAGCAGUUUUGGCACGUACUCUAGAGUAAGAGUGCUUGGGUGAGAGUGCUAAGAGCUCCUCUAGAGCAAGAGUGCUUGGCUGCAGAAGGACUAAAGAAUAAGGCACAGAAAGGACAGCUCUGUUUUGUAGUCCACUGAGGCAUCAGCAAUGCAUCAUCUAGUUUGCAUUACAGUAAUUCUGUUUCUGGCCUCUUUUGGAUCCUCGGUCAAAGGAAACAGGGCUGAGCGAAGCAUCGACAGGCCUUUUAAGUCAAUGCUCAUUGUGGAUAAUGGUCAUCGCUGGGGCACCUGGGGCCAGAAAGAAAUGUGUCCAUCAGGAUUCUAUGCUGCAGGUUUCAGCCUUAAAGUUGCAGGUCACUGGGAAUCUAUGUUAGUAGGGGAUAACACUGCCUUGAAUGGGAUUCGGCUUCAUUGUGUUGACAUAUCCAAAGGCAAAUCUGGGCCUUAUACUGACUACGCCACAGUGCAGUCUGAUACAGGGAGCUGGGGCAAAUGGAAAGAUAUCAAAUGGUGUAAGUCUGGGACACUGGUCAGCUUUCAGCUUCGUGUGGAAGCCUACCAAGGAGCCUUUGAUGAUACAGCUGCAAACAAUAUAAAGUUCAAAUGCAGUAAAGAUGAUGAGGAGCUUGUGGGUGACGGUACAUCCUGGGGAGACUGGGGCUCCUGGAGUGACAAAUGUGAUGGAAAGGGGAUCUGUGGCAUCGAGACUAUGGUAGAGCAGCCACGAGGCCUGGGAGACGACACAGCUCUCAAUGACGUUCGUUUGUUCUGCUGCGAUUAAGGUGCCCCCUGUCUUAUCUAACCUGAGACGACAAAGAAAACUGAAGAUGGAUCUUCCUUCGUCUUCUUCUGCCUGUCUCUCUUUCUGUGAAUAUAUACAGCUCUCUCUACAUUUACUGGCUCUCUAAAUAAAUGUGACAAAAACAC